AUGAGCAAAAACCACACGCUAUUCUGCUAUACUAUUGUAAACAGCGAUACCGAGGAUGAUCUCAACAGCCGUCAGUAUCCUACAGCAUUAUUGACCAAAUCCACCCAAGUGUCAUUUAUCAAUGACAAAUCACUUUUCGAUGGUCGGUUGACCAAAGAACCAAUCACCGUGAAUAUGCAAUCUACCACCAAGAAGAAGUUCAAUUUCAAAGGCUCGGUAAGGCUUGGUGAUAAUGGCAGUUAUUUAGUCGAAGAUGUAUGGUACGACCCUCACGCCCCGGUGAAUCUCAUUAACGUUGAACAAUUUUGCUCACAGAAUGGGUUGGAAGUACGGGAUAAUGCACUCCACGUUGCUGGGAAACCAUAUAGUAGUAUGUUGCAACCUCUUGAUAAGUGUGUUGAUGGUCGCAAUUGUAUAACGAUAUUUAAAACCGCUAUUGGGGCUGGAUCAUUAAACAACAACAAAAAAUCAGAAUCCACGGAUAUGGGAGCAGUACCUAGCAAACCUUCCAAUAAUAACAACAACAAUAAUAAUAAUAGUCACUCAAGGAUGAGUCCACCGCAAGAAGAGGAGGAAAAUGAGGAGGAACUCUCCAGAGAAAAAGUCAACAAGUUGUACAAGAAUGUCAAGUUACCGAAGCGGGAAUGUUCACUGACUUCGACCGAAGAUGUGAUUAACGCGAUGGAAAAGCAUGAUAAACCAGUAGGACUAAUCUCCAGUGCGACGAAUAUCACGUUGGUUUCUAAAAGAUCGUUGUUUUUGGAAGAUAAAUUGGUCAAAGAUCCAGUACGGGUCGAGUUUGCCUUUGGUGAAAGUUCAGUGUACACCCACCGGGGCACCAUCAUCGUUGCUGGGACUUACCCCAUUCAAGCAUAUUAUUCUAAAGGCGGUGCUAGUUUCGUGGUGGUUGCCGAAUAUCAGCUUUUAGAUUUGGGGCUCAGCAGAAUGUUCAAUAAAAGUUUCUCGUCGUUUUCUCAUAAAAAUGCCUCGUCGGUGCCGAUUCCUGGAAUUGUGUCUCUUAAAGGCAAUUUAUCGUUUGCAGAAAUCCUUACAAAUGAUGAGGUGGAGUAUAUAUAUGCCGAUGAAUGA